AUGAUUGCAUGCGACUUUCAAAAAAGUACUCAAAAGACUUAUCGUAAUAUUUUAAUUUUAAGUUAUAUACAAACCGAAGUUAUCGUAAGCAGAAGAUUACCCGAAUAUAAAUGCACUACCUGGCCUGGAUAUGAACUGCCCCCGGGUAAAGGUGCAUUACUAUGA